AUGAAGUCGCGCAUCAGAGCAACAGAUUCUGAGCUCCGGCGUCGUAGCGGCGGGCCGCAGGAACCGCCUCCGCCUCCACGCUCUCAAUCCUUGGCUGCGAUCCAUUCUAGACCAGCCGCCACGAGCAUCAGAGCUCUGGAACGUUCAGUUCAGGCGUUAAAAGCCGAGAAGGACCGCGAGGUUCAAAAGAACCGUGCUAUACUCGACGAAAAGCAGAAGUUGGAGACUGAGAACGCGGCGUUGGUUUUGGAGGCACAGAAGUUGAGAGCUGAAAAAGCUCAGAUGGAGUUGGAAAUACAGAACCUGAAAGAUGAAAACCAGGUGAUGCAGACGGAGAAGGAGUUACAGGAAGCCGAGGUUCAGUACAAAUGCGAUGUGAUCGAGCGUCUCAAAGGGGUGCUCCGCCGCCAUCACCUGUUGUAG